AACGGCCUCACCGGGGCCGGGGGCCUCGGGGCCGGGGCCGGGUCUGGGCGAGUUCCCGGCGCGCCGCGGGAGUGGCUCCCCGCACGGACGGCGGCUUGAGCGUCCAAGAUUCCAGAACAGUUGAUCUUCCAACAGAUGAAGAGGAUGGAACACAUCACUCCUCAGAAAGUAAGGAUGAUCAGAGUUCAUCUUCUGAUAGCUCUAACUCUCUGGAAGAAAAGGAAUUUUCAUCAAUAGUUAAGAUCCCUGAUGCAGCUUUUAUUCAGGCAGCCCGCAGAAAACGGGAAUUGGCCAGGGCCCUAGAUGACUAUAUUCCUUUGGAUGUGAAACAUGCCUCUGGUAUGAAGAGAAACAGUGAUGAAGAUCCUGAGAGUGAACCUGAUGACCAUGAAAAGAGAAUACCAUUUACCCGAAAGCCUCAAGCACUUAAACAAAGAAUGGCUGAAGAAACAACAAGCAGACAUGAAGAUGUAAGUGAAGAAAGUCAGGAAGAUGAAAAUCAAGAUAUUUGGGAACAGCAACAGAUGAAGAAAGCACUUAAAAUCGUAGAGGGAAGAGAUGUAGAUGUUUCCCACAGCAGUGAAUCUCAAACUGUGAGGAAGUUUGAUACUUCUAUUUCAUUUCCACCAGUAAAUUUAGAAAUUAUAAAGAAGCAAUUAAAUACUAGAUUAACAUUAAUACAGGAUACUCACCGCUCACACUUGAGAGAAUAUGAAAAAUAUAUGCAAGAUGUCAAGAGCUCAAAGAGUACGAUCCAGAACCUAGAGAGUUCUUCAAAUCAAGCUCUAAAUUAUAAAUUCUAUAAAAGCAUGAAAGCGUAUGUGGAAAAUUUAAUUGACUGUCUUAAUGAAAAGAUGAUCAGCAUCCAAGAAAUAGAAUCUUCUAUGCAUGCACUCCUUUUAAAACAAGCCAUGACCUUUUUGAAACGCAGGCAAGAUGAAUUAAAACAUGAAUCAGCCUAUUUACAGCAGUUAUCAUGCAGAGAUGAGACAUCAACAAAUGGAAGCUUGGCUACAGAUGAAAAAACUCAAUGGAUUUUAGGAAAGAUUGAAUCUCGAAGGACACAAAGAAGACAAGCAAGGGUGCUUUCUGGGAAUUGUAACCAUCAGGAAGGGACAUCUAGUGAUGAUGAACUGUCUUCAGCAGAGGUGAUUGACUUCCGAAAAAGCCAAGGUGACAUUUUACAGGAUCAUAAAAAAGUUUUUGAAGAUGUGCAUGAUGAUUUUUGCAGCAUUCAGAAUAUUUUGUUGAAAUUUCAGCAAUGGCGAGAAAAGUUUCCUGACUCCUAUUAUGAAGCUUUUAUUAGUUUAUGCAUACCAAAGCUUUUAAAUCCCCUAAUACGAGUUCAGUUGAUUGAUUGGAAUCCUCUUAAGUUGGAUUCCAUAGGUUUAAAACAGAUGCCGUGGUUCACAUGCAUAGAAGAAUUUGUGGAUCACAGUGUAGAAGAUUCGAAGAGAGAAGAUAGUUCGGAUAAAAAAAUCUUGUCUGCUGUCAUCAACAAAACAAUUAUUCCCCGACUUACAGACUUUGUAGAAUUCAUUUGGGAUCCCUUGUCGACCUCACAGACAACAAGUUUAAUAAUGCACUGCAGAGUGAUUUUUGAAGAACAUUCUACUUGUGAAAAUGAAGUUAGUAAAAGCAAACAGGAUUUACUUAAAUCCAUUGUUUCAAGAAUGAAGAAGGCGGUAGAAGAUGAUGUUUUUAUUCCUCUGUAUCCAAAGAGUGCUGUAGAAAACAAAACAUCACCACAUUCAAAAUUCCAAGAAAGACGGUUCUGGUCAGGUCUAAAGCUCUUCCGCAAUAUUCUUCUUUGGAAUGGACUCCUCCCAGAUGAUGACUUGCAAGAGCUAGGACUAGGGAAGCUACUAAAUCGCUACCUUAUUAUAGCUCUUCUUAAUGCUGUACCUGGGCCAGAUGUUGUUAGAAAGUGCAAUCAGGUAGCAACAUGUCUGCCAGAAAAAUGGUUCAAAAAUUCUACCAUGAGGACAUCUAUUCCCCACCUAGAAAACUUCAUUCAGUUUUUAUUGCAGCUUGCACAUAAGUUAUCUAGAAGUGAAUUCAGGGAUGAAGUCAAAGAAAUAAUUCUUAUUCUGGUGAAAAUAAAAGCCUUGAAUCAAGCAGACUCCUUCAUAGAAGAAUAUCACCUAGACCAUCUUAAAUCACUAAUUAAAGGAGUUUUUGAGUAAACUUUAUAGGAAAGUACUAAAAUGAGAUUUUAAUACACUCACUCUCAGUUCCUUUGCUUGAAAAAAAGCUGGUGCCUCUCUUUUGUUCUCUGCAGUGGAGAGUAGGAUUUACAAAAAAGCAGGGACUCCAUUCCUCCAUUCCCUCCACUUCUACCUUCUGGUAUCAUGAAAGUCUGCCCUUCCUGUUCUGUGGUGUUUGAAGGAAUUAAAUCAAUAUGUUUCCUUUUGA